CGUCCUCUCAGCUUCCUUACAGCACCCCACCUGAGCCUCCCUAGGCCCUGCCUAGCCUCGAAUUGGCCCUCAAUCCCUCUGGCUGCAGAAGUCUCCUUACCCCCAAUGAGAGGAGGAUCUGGGUUUCCUGAGAGCUGAGGGUUGAAGGCAUCGUGUCAACGCAUAAACUUGUCACCUCUGCACUCGAAGACACUUGUACUCUCCAUGCGAAGCCAAAAUGGGGAAUGGAUCCGAGGAAGAUUAUAACUUUGUCUUCAAGGUGGUGCUGAUCGGCGAGUCAGGCGUGGGGAAGACCAAUCUGCUAUCUCGGUUCACACGCAAUGAGUUCAGCCAUGACAGCCGCACCACCAUUGGGGUUGAGUUCUCCACCCGCACUGUGAUGCUGGGCACUGCUGCUGUCAAGGCUCAGAUCUGGGACACGGCUGGCCUGGAGCGGUACCGAGCCAUCACCUCAGCGUACUACCGUGGUGCAGUGGGGGCCCUCCUGGUGUUUGACCUAACCAAGCACCAGACCUAUGCCGUGGUGGAGCGCUGGCUGAAGGAGCUCUAUGACCAUGCUGAGGCCACUAUCGUCGUCAUGCUUGUAGGUAACAAGAGUGACCUCAGCCAGGCCCGGGAGGUGCCCACUGAAGAGGCCCGCAUGUUUGCUGAAAACAAUGGGCUACUAUUCCUGGAGACUUCAGCCCUGGACUCCACCAACGUUGAGCUAGCCUUUGAGACUGUCCUCAAAGAGAUCUUUGCGAAGGUGUCCAAGCAGAGGCAGAACAGCACCCGGACCAAUGCCAUCACCCUGGGCAGUGGCCAGGCUGGGCAGGAGCCUGGCACUGGGGAGAAGAGGGCCUGUUGUAUCAGCCUCUAACCUUGGCCAGUGCCUUCCCCACCCCCACUGGAUUUCUGGUGCCCCCCCCCAUCUCCACCCCAACUCCAGGACCUUUUCCCACCCUUUGGUUCCAGAUGUCAAGAGUGUUCGGUUCCCUGUUCACAGCUCUGAUCCUUAAGGUCUUCAUGCCCCACCACACAUAUCUGUAUUACCUGUGCACCCACUCACAGACUUUAUUUGAGGCCCCUCAAAUAAAGCUGUGUUUUGUAUCAAU